UUAAGGUCACAUCCCACUUUCAACUGCGCCAAUCGUCACUAGGAGCAGUAGGAGAAAUAUGUAUCGCAUCCACGGAGAUGCUGUAUCUAAAUGACAUACACUAACUCAAAAAUCAUGUUAACGUCGUUUAAUCUUUGUGUAUUUGUCAAUCAAAAUUGGGCUCUGAAAGCUGGAACCGUGCUAAAAAGAAGUUUUGCUGGACGAAAUUGAGCUAAAAUGAAGAGACGCUUCAAGUCUUCUGAAGAUGGGUUCUUGGAAUUUUACAAGAGGGAGAUAGGUUUUUCUUCCCCCAGUACUUUCUCCCGCCACAUCUCUGCUUCCCAGAACUUGGUGGAGCAGAUUGGUUUGUAUGGAAAGUUAACAGGUCAUGAGGGAUGUGUCAAUACCAUUGAAUUCAACUCCGCUGGUGACCACCUUGUGUCAGGCUCUGAUGACAGACAAAUCAAGUUGUGGGAAUGGGCUACAAAGGCAUUAAAAUUCUCAUAUCCAUCUGGCCAUUCGGACAAUGUAUUCCAGGCGAGAAUCAUGCCAUUCACUGAUGAUCGAAAGAUAGUCACUUCUUCAGCUGAUGGCAAGGUCAGGCUUGGCGAGGUGUUGGAAAACAGUCAGGUAGAAACAAAAAGGCUAGGUAAGCACCAUGGUCGUGUAUACAAGCUUGCAGUUGAACCUGGGAGUCCGUACAUAUUUUAUAGCUGUGGCGAGGAUGGUUUAGUUCAACAUUAUGAUCUUCGAACUAAUUCUGCUACAAAGCUUUUCUAUUGCUCUGCAUUUGCAGAACAGCGUAAUUCAAACUGCAUAAGGCUGAAUUCCAUGGCCAUAGACCCCAGAAACCCCAAUUACUUUGCAGUUGGAGGUUCAGAUGAAUAUGCACGAGUUUAUGACAUCAGAAAGUACCAAUUGGAUGGUUCAAGCAAUGUAGACAGUCCAAUUAACACAUUUUGCCCUUCUCACUUGAUUGAGACUCAUGACGUUCAUAUCACGGCAUUAGCUUACUCCAGCAUGAGUGAGUUGCUUGUUUCUUAUAAUGAUGAGCUCAUUUAUCUGUUUCAAAAGAACAAGGGGUUAGGUCCUUCUCCAUCAUCCGUGACUCCUGAAUAUGUGCAUAAUUUGGAAGAAGUACAAGUUUUCUCAGGACACAGAAAUUGCCAAACUGUUAAAGGAGUGAGUUUCUUUGGUCCUAAUGAUGAAUACGUCUUGAGCGGGUCUGAUUGUGGUCAUAUAUUUAUAUGGAAGAAGAAGGGGGCUAAACUUGUUCGUUUAAUGUUAGGCGAUAGACACGUUGUAAAUCAGCUGGAGCCCAAUCCCCAUAUUCCCGUUCUCGCUACCUGUGGACUAGAAAAAAGUAUAAAGCUUUGGGCCCCCACUUCAGAUGAUGUUGUUCCUCUACCUCCUAACGCUGAAGAGAUAAUGGAGGGUAACAAACAACGCCGGCAGGAUCAUUCACGUGUUACACUUACUCCUGAUAUCAUCAUGCAUGUUUUGCGUCUGCAUAGGAGGCAAGCUCUAGCUUAUAUCGAAAGAAGGCCUAACAGAGAGGAUAUUGAGAGUGAUGAAGAUGAUGGACGGGAUGCUUACAUUUUAGGAUUUUCUGAUGGUGAUUCAGAGGAGGGUGUCACUGGGAAUCCCAGAGAAUGUAACAUCAGCUAGAGUUAUGUACUGAAUAGUAGUAAAGCUCGAGUCUUGUCUUGAACGACUUGAAUAAUCUCUUGCUUCCAUCGGGUAUUCGUUGGGAGGCAUUUCAGCUACAACCUUACAAAACUGGAGUUUCCUUCUUCUGCGAGUUAAGGGGGUAGUAUAGUAGUAAUGUGUAUAUGGCUUGAAAAGAAUUAUUGUAUUAUCCGCGACUGUAUAUGGUUGUCUCUUUUUGGUAAAAAAAUAAAGAGCCUUGAUGUUCAAAGUUUUUCUGAUA